AUGCCCCUAGGAAAAAUCAAAUGGGCGCCAUUGGAGAAGCCUUGGACCGAGUUGGUAGCAAAUUAUUGCGCUUUUGUAGCAAGGCAUCCAUGGCCUUUCAUCAUUGGACCGUGUAUACUAACAGCAAUAUUGUCAGUCGGAAUAUUUCUUAAUUUCAAUAUCGUCCGAGGAGUUUACUAUCUUUACUCACCGCUCGACGCACGAUGGAAAGCAGAAGAGGCUGUUUUUGGAGAAAACUGGGCAUCCGAUGAUGAGCACUUCUACCCAGGAAAAGAUUUACUCCGUCGUCGAGGCCUUUACCUUAUCGUGCAAGCGAAUGAUGGAGGUAAUGUGCUGAGAAAGCAGUAUGCAGCACAGUUUCUAGAGACGCUAAAAUGGGUGACAACAGCUAGGUUUAUGUCAUCGGAAGGGAAGCACUUUUCUUAUUCUGAUAUUUGCCUGCAUUUUCAGAACGAAUGUUUUUCCAACACACACGCAAAACUUAUCGCUGAUGUGUACUCCAAAGGAGAUCAGGACCAUUUCAACAUGACGUACCCUCUCUACCAUACAAGAUUUGCUACUGAGCCGAUAGAUGUAUCGCGAACCCUCGGUGGUGUCACAGUUCGAGGUGAUCGUGUCGUUUCGGCUAAGGCAUGGCUAGUUUUGUUCCAGCUGAAGCAUCACCAGCCAAGCACCGAGAAACUCAGCGCAGACUUCGAAAAUGCCAUUGUUCGAGCGAUAGAGGGUGGCGCGGCUCCAGGAAGACUAUUGAACAUAUAUUAUUUCCAUUCCGAUACUUUUGAGCAGGAAUUGGCAAAUGAAAACAAGAGAAUUACACCGAAAUUUUCCAUCACAUUCUCCGUCCUCAUACUGUUUUCGAUACUUUGCACAUUCAACCUGAAAUGGAUCUCGUUACCAUCUGGCGUAUUCGCUUUUUCGAACGAGGAUACGAAGAUUCCUGUAGUGGACUGGGUGCUCAGCAAGCCUUUUAUGGGAAUAGUUGGAGUCGUUUCCGCCUUGAUGGCUAUCAUUUCUUCUACGGGACUAUUACUACUGCUAGGAGUAACUUUCGUAGACAUGUGUACUGUUAUGCCAUUUCUUAGUCUGACAAUCGGCAUCGAUGAUUCUUUCCUGAUGUUGGCUGCAUGGCAUGAGACUUCUCGUCACCUUUCUGUCGUGAAUCGUGUGAGGACCUCGAUGAAGCAUGCUGCUGUCUCCAUCAGUAUCACAACCUUAACAGAUGCCCUGGCAUUUCUCAUCGGAGCCAUUGCACCUCUUCCAGCGGUGAAAUAUUUCUGCUUCUACUCCUGUGCAGCUGUAGUUUUCAUCUUCAUCUAUUGCUUGACGAUGUUUGUUGCAUUCCUUGCCUUACAAGGCAGGCUAGAGGCUAACGGACUGAACUCGACGCUGAUGACUCCUGUGAAAGAUUUGUCAAGACCAGAUAUUUUCAAAUUUGAUGAUCCCAAUAUGAGUAGGGAGGAAAGGCUUUUCAAUCAAAGAGACAAAGUGCUCGAUCCUCUUCCAGAGAAACUGACAAUGAUGGAUCUUGCUUUCCAUAUGGGAUCUGUAAUAGAUGAUGUACCAGAUGUGGCAUGCAUAAAUAACAAUGACAUCAAACAGAGAUCUAAUUAUAAUCAGGAAGAUACAAAGGAAAUAGAUGGACGAAUGUGGUAUCAGCGUUUCUUCGAGGAUUACUACGCUCCAUUUAUCACUCAAAAAUUGAUGGUGGCAUUUUCUGUAGUACUUUUCUGUUCCUAUGUAGCCGCCGCCGUAGUAGGAUGUCAAAAAGUUGUCGUAGGAUUUGAUCUCAUGAAUAUUGUACUUGCUGAGUCGAGACCUCGCCGAUUCCUCGAACUGCGCAAAAAGUUCUUUCCGGAAGAUUUUUCAAGAGAGCUCUGUGACAGUCAUCCACAGUAUGGUCUAAGUACCUAUACUCCGUUAUGGAAUCUAGCUGAUCAGUACGAAAUCAUGUGGCCCCAAACUUUGCAGGACCUCUACAUAUCCGUUGCUGUCAUGCUCUGUGUGGCCGUGCUAUUUAUUCCACAACCACUUUGUGCUCCUCUGAUAGGCUUAUCCAUCGCUUCUGUAGCACUUGGAGUGCUUGGCAUCAUGCCAUUUAUUGGGGUAAAUUUAGAUGCGACGUCAAUGAUAACUAUUGCAAUGAGUGUUGGAUUCUCUGUUGGUGGGUAUUUCUAG